AUGAGACGCCAGAACCGUUCGUGCGACCAGUGUCGCAAAGCUAAACGGGCAUGCGAUGCGCCGUCGUUAUGGGACAUUCAGCGUAACUCGGAGAGGCUUCGCAACGGUACCGAGAGCGUUAGCGGAGCUUCUCUUGCUGAAGAGCAUCUUGAUGAAAUUGAUUCCAGAGCUUUACGAUGUUCAUACUGCCUUCGCACUCGCAAACAAUGUACAUUCCAUUGGGUUCGCGCUCAACUUCAGACUGGCCCGGCCGCCGCCAACACCAUUGCCAACCCUGAUGCUACCUCUCAGAAUACUACCAACCCUCGCCGGGUACCCGAUCAAUCGCGCACAAAGGCCAAGCGUCAACGGCCGCGCCCUCAACAGCAACCUGGACCUGCGCCGGUUCAGGCGCCUCUUCCGACCCAGUCGCUUGAUGUUAACGCAACUGCCUUGCUCGAUAUGCUACAGGCGCCUCCGACGACGCAUGACUUGAGUUGCUGGGGACCAAUGGACACAACCGGCUUCGGCAACUUUCCUGCUUUCCCUCAUACUACCUUCGAUACCAUGCCCGUCAAUGGCGUCUUCGACCCGACCGCAUUUGAUGCUAGCCUUCACAACAGUGUUUUCCAGAGCUUUGAGCCUAAUUCGACAUCGGGGCACCCCCAUCACAUGGAUUUGACGCCUUCCACAGAGCUCACCAGCCAAGCUUUACACUCGCGACAUCAAACGACAGAGGACGAGAAUGCCGACAACGGAUGGCCUCUAUUUCAGACUCAGUCUGUUGGCAGCGACGUUCCCUUUCAGCCUUCUCCUUCAGCCUCCAAUUCAUACGAAAGCGACAUCUCAACCAGAUCUUUAAGUGUACGACGUUAUCCGGAAAGUUUGGCAAGGAGCUAUAGCACUUCCAUCUCACCCUUCUCAGUAACACACAAUAUGAUGACAAAGACGAACAACAACAUGAUUUCAGACAACUUGAUGAGGAUAUACCAUGACGUUCUGGAGCAUGCCCUGUCUUGCUGGCUGUCGGAAGAAACAUGCCCUUAUAAACCUAAUACCAUCACUCGACCAUCAAACAACGGUGUUAGUUGGCUAGCAUCUCACUUUGAGGGACUGAGUGUCGGCCAACCGAAACAACAAGACAACAGGAUAUAUCGACGAGUCAUCCAGCUUGACAAGCAGGCACAAGCGACGAAGUUGAUUCGAUUAAGUAAAUCAGAUGACAGAGCUGCUUCAAAGGCGUUGCAUUUGGCCAUUAUGGCUUUUGCGACGCAGUGGGCUCAAGGUAGUCAGCGUGAGCGAGACAGGUUCCCGCAGAGCCUGACACAAAUGGAUAGUAUGCGAUCAGAAUUCGACGACAUCAACGAGGAUUUUGACCGGACGCUUCAAAAGACGUUUUGGGCUCAAGCCAAAAGAGCUCUACAGGACUGUUCUGAUAUGGAGUGCUUUCGUGUGGUCUGUGCGGAUCUGAUAAUGGGAUUGGCGCAGAAACCAAGGGACGAUGAAGACAACAACGAUGGGCCUUACAGCACGAGCAACUUUGAUGGCGAAAGCCCUAUUGCUUCAGGAGAAGGAUCAAUUGCUUCUCAGCUUAGCGAAAUCAUUGCUGCUGAAGGCCCACCUGUCUUCAUGGAACGUGCUGCAAGAAAGAUGCAUGCUCUGAAAUUCCAGUAUGAGGCACGAGAGACAGGAGUUCUCGAUGUGUCUGGAAGCUCCCUGGGAUUGGAGAAGGCGACUGCCGCGGAUGCUCUGAGCGAAGAAGACAAGGGUACCAUUGGCCUGGUUUACUGGAUGACAGUCAUGUUCGACACUGUUUCGUCCUCCAUGAACGGCCGGCCUGUAGUUGUCUCGGAUGAGGAGUGCCACCAUGACCCGACGUACCCUGAUCAUCCAGAGCAUGAAUCUUACAACAUCGAGUAUCGACCACAGGACGCCCGGUGGUGGGCGGAACUCUUCGGUCGCGAAAACAAAGAGGGUGUCCUCCGCUGGCCUUGUUCGUAUGAUGCCGCCUCCAAGGGUGUUGUCACUGCUGCACCUAUCAAGGUUAUCCUGUUCCGACAUGUCUCGUAUCUUCAAAACACGAUCAGGAGUCGAUACCGUGGUGAACCAGUCGAGAAGGUCAUCUCAAACGCAAUGGCUGUUUAUAAGCAUUGGAACGUAAGCUACGGCGCAUUCUUCAGAGAUCUGGUCGAACAAUAUGACUCUGUUCCAACACUCAUCCAGAGCUGGUUUGUAUGUGUGGUGGCCCAUUUCCACUGUGCUGCUCUUUUAAUGGCAGAUCUGAUUGAGCUUGUCGACGAGAAUAAACUAGGGUUGGAUUAUUCGACCCAAGUUCGUCAAGCAGCCAACGUAGUGGCCAGCCUCCGACGAGACAGUGCAGCUAUUCUCUCGGACCUCGCUCGUGUCUCGACACGCCCUCGAGCCGGUGAUGUACCUGGAACUGGUAUCUCAGACCUUCACUUCGCAGUUGUUGAGGGGUCCAUCUUGACGGAACCAUGGACUAUGAUCCUCAUCAGGGCGUUUACCAAAGCCGCCAUUCUACUUCUUACUGAGGCGGAAGAGAAGGUUCGACACGAACACAUGCCUCUAGAGACGCCUAGUGUCAUUCAUGUGGUGCGCAGGUGCGAGGACUGUACGAAAGCACUUUGGUGCUUGGGUAAGAAGUCAGACAUGGCUCGCAACAUCGCCAGCAUUUUAUCCUCAGCAUUGGGUCCUUACAUGAUACCGAUGAACAUGUCGAAUAUGCCUGUUCCGUCUGUCGAACCAGUCAUGGUCUAA